AUGUCCUUGCCUACCGCCGCUGUCUCCAUCACCGUCCGCCGCCCUCAAGGACCCUCCGCUCGCCUCUUGCGUGUCUCCUUCUCCUUCCACCAAGUCUCCUCCCUCUUCCACCUCCGCCAAGAAGAAGCCACUGCCUCCCUGGUAGCCCCUCCCGCCCCCCUCCUGCUUCUCCUCGCAUGGCUAUUGACCUUGACGCAGGGCAUAUCGCUGACGACGCUGAAGCAAGUCAGCCGGCGGCUGGGCAUCAGGCGCUGGCCCUACACGCGCAAGGGCUACGAGGUCCACGCGGAUGCCGUGGGGAGCCUGGAGGCGAGAGGACGAGCCACCCUGGAGGGGGGAGAGCGAGAUCAGCCGCACCAGCAGCAGCAGAAGGAGGAUGCACAGGCGGCCAAGUCUCCUCACAUGCACGAGAGCCUGAUCGACGAGGCAGGGUUAGAGACGGACGAGCAGGACAGGGAGGAGGAGGACGAGGAGGCAGCGGCGAGGGCGAUGCAGAGCUGGCAUGAUGAGAGCUACCGGGACUCCUCAGACUCCCAGCUGUCUUGCUGCGACAGCGUGCGAGUGAGCGAGGCGUGGCUGGCGUGGUACAUGGCAAGCAGGAGCGAAGAGGAGGAUCAAGUCGACGUGAUCUGGCCGGGCCACGAGCUCCAGGAGCGGCUGAGCGGCAUCGGCCGGUGCUGGACCUUGAGGAAGUAG